AUGAAAUGGGAGGCUGUGGUGAAUACUUUGGAAGAUGCACAUGAGCAGAUCGAUACAGCAAUAUCGACUGCGUUGAAAGAGAGCAAGCCUGUUUAUAUCAGUGUAGGCUGUAACUUGCCGGCGAUCCCACAUCCUACUUUUAGUCGCGAGCCAGUUCCUUUUUCUCUCUCACUCAAAAUGAGUAAUCAGAUGGGUUUGGAGGCAGCAGUGGAGGCAGCGGUGGAGUUCUUAAACAAGGCAGUGAAGCCAGUGAUGGUGGGAGGGCCAAAACUGCGGGUUGCCAAGGCGGGCGAGGCCUUUUUUGAAUUGGCUGAUGCUUGUGGCUAUGCCCUUGCAGUGAUGCCAUCUGCUAAAGGGCUUGUGCCAGAGCACCAUCCCCAUUUCAUUGGGACUUACUGGGGUGCGGUGAGCACGCCCUUUUGUGCUGAAAUCGUGGAAUCAGCUGAUGCGUAUUUGUUUGCUGGUCCAAUAUUCAAUGACUACAGCUCAGUUGGGUACUCUCUGCUUCUCAAGAAAGAGAAGGCCAUCAUUGUGCAGCCUGAUCGUGUGGUGAUUGCGAAUGGGCCUGCUUUUGGAUGUGUUUUGAUGAAAGAUUUCUUGAAAGCACUUGCAAAGCGGCUUAAGCGUAACACGACUGCUUAUGAUAAUUACCACAGGAUUUAUGUUCCUGAAGGACAUCCACUCAAGUGUGACCCUAAGGAGCCCUUGAGGGUCAAUGUGCUAUUCGAACAUAUACAGAAGAUGUUAUCGAGUGACACAGCUGUGAUUGCUGAGACUGGGGACUCAUGGUUCAAUUGCCAGAAGCUCAAGUUACCAGAGGGAUGCGGGUAUGAGUUCCAAAUGCAAUAUGGAUCCAUUGGUUGGUCCGUGGGUGCAACUCUCGGAUAUGCACAAGCUGCAUCAGAUAAGCGAGUGAUCGCUUGCAUUGGUGAUGGGAGCUUCCAGGUGACUGCACAAGAUGUGUCAACAAUGAUACGCUGUGGACAGAACACCAUAAUUUUCCUGAUCAACAACGGUGGUUACACCAUUGAAGUUGAGAUCCAUGAUGGACCAUACAAUGUGAUCAAGAACUGGAACUACACUGGAUUGGUUGACGCAAUCCACAACGGCGAAGGCAAGUGCUGGACAGCUAAGGUCCGGUAUGAAGAGGAGCUCAUUAAAGCAAUAGAGACAGCAACUAAUGAGAAGAAAGAUUGCUUGUGCUUCAUUGAAGUGAUUGUUCACAAGGAUGACACAAGCAAAGAGCUGCUUGAGUGGGGCUCUAGAGUUUCUGCCGCCAAUAGCCGCCCACCGAACCCUCAGUAAAUCUUCCACUUCUACUACCAUAGGGAUUGAAUCCGUUAAUACUGAAUUAACCAGCAACUUUAUGUUUCCAUGUCAAUAUAGGUUGUAAUUCCGGAUUUGUAAAACAUUUUGCGUAUGCUGCAGAGUAUUGCAAGUUAGUGGAUAUCCACUAUGAUCUCC